AUGGCAUUCGACGCUGAUGCCCACUUCACGGAGGGCAGCCUAUCAUUGCUUCGCUGCGCAGGUGGCGCUUUGCUGCUCCUGGUGGCGGCCUGCUCAGCGGAGGUCGUGGCGCCGGCGUCUGCUCUGCUCUGUCGUGGCAGCAUCGACCGCUGGGAAGCGGUGGAUCUUCGCGCGGAGGCGUUGCCCCUGGAGCCCGCGGCGUGCGCCUGGUGUGGCGACGGAGCAGUGCUGCACGUGGGCUUGUGCGGCUCGCCGGCCGGGCCCCGCAGGCCGGUCUUGGUGGUCACUGCACUUCCAGCCCGAGGAUACUUGCAAGCUGCGUCGCCAUGCCCGGCCUACCAUCCCGAGACGCUGAUUUGGCUUCUGCGCCGCGGCCAGGUGGCGCUGGCACGGCGCAUUCUGCAGCAGCUGCUGCAAGUGCCCGUGAUCAAAGUCAGGACCUUGUGA